GUUGGCCAGUGGGGGAUGGCGGGACAGGCGAGCAGAGGACUGGAGUUGGGGGCGGGACAGGGCGGUGCCCCGGGUUGCUCCCUGGUUAUAAAGCCCCGUGGCCAUCCUCGAGUCCUAGCCAGGUCUGCUGGACGACGGCCUCGCGAUGGAAUGCUGGUGGGCGCUGUCGUGGCCGGGACUGUGGCGGUGGGGGCUGUGCCCGUGGUCCUGGGCGCCUUGGGCUUCACUUCCGCGGGGAUCGCCGCCGGCUCCGUAGCGGCCAAAAUGAUGUCCGCAGCAGCUGUGGCCAAUGGGGGCGGAGUGGCCGCGGGCAGCGUGGUGGCCACUCUGCAGUCCGUGGGGGCCGCUGGACUCGCCAUGUCAUCCAAAGUCCUCCUCGGCACUGUUGGGUCGGCUUUUGGCGCCUUGGUAACAUUCAAGAAGACACCCCCUUCGUCCUCAGCUGAACCCAAGUGAAAGUGGACCCCCAGGAACUCCCUCCCCGCCCCACUAGUCAGAAACAUGCUGAAUAGAUUCAUGUGCAAACGCA